UCCCUCACGCCUCUCUCCCAAAGCCCAAGCCCAAGCCCAAGCUGCACUUCAGAACCACCUCCCGUUCCAAGGCAUCUCCGGCUAACAGCCACGAGGCGCGAGAUGGCCCAGAAAGCGUUCGAGGCGGGCGUCGCGUUGGCCGUCAUGCUCUCGGCCCUCGCUUCGGCGCAGUCCGGCUGCACCACCGCCAUCAUCAGCCUCGCGCCGUGCCUGAGCUACAUCACCGGCAACACCUCCACGCUCUCAUCCUCGUGCUGCUCACAGCUGGACAGGGUCGUUCGGUCCGAACCGGCGUGCCUCUGCUCGGUGCACAACGUCUGGGCCUCCUCGUUGGGGGUCACCAUAAACCAGACCCGACCCUUGGCCAUGCCGGCGGCUUGCAACGUCCGGACCCCACCGAUUAGCGAGUGCAACUCUGUGGCCGGUGGGCCAGCAAAAUCCCCGACGGCUUCACCGACGACUCUAGCAACACCGGCCAAUCUCGCAAGAGGGACCCCAUCCACACCAUCAUCGCUUAGGGCAGAAGAUGGAUCGAUGGCAACCCGGGCCACGACCUCAGAUGGCACUUCCUACAAAUCACCUCCCUCUCUGAUGCUUUCAAUUCUCUGCCUCGCCGCCUGCGUCUCCUUCGCCAACCUCUGACUCGACUGGGAGAACUCGAUGAUGACUUCCUGCCACCGUCGAUCAUUCGUUCGCAUGCAUCUGUUUGUGUCAACUCGGAUUCUUUCUUUUCAGCUUCCUCGUUGCUGCUCUGCAUUGAAUGAUUUGGAAUUUGAUGUACUUAAUUAUCCUGUGAGAUGAUCAAAAGAUUGAUUGAUUUGCUCCUUGAAUCAUUAGAAGUCAAUUCCAAUUAAUGAAUGGCAGGACUCACAUUAAUGUUUCUUU